ACUCCGAUACCCUUUAUGACUUGGUCGAAAACUUAAGAACAGCCUUAACUCUUUUAGAAGACCAACCAAUCCAAGGUAAAGCUGAUGAGUUUGGUCAACCUUUAACCGAAGCAGGAUUAUGUUCUUUAGUUGAUGAAUAUAAUGAUGACGAUGACUAA